AGAUACCAUGGGAGAGAUACGUGACAGCAACCAUGAGAAGCUUUUUAAACUCCAAAUACAUCUUUAGAAGUACUAGUGACACAACAGAUAUUCCUUUUGGUUUGGGAGGCAGGGUUAAGCUCUUUCGUAGGGAAGAAUGUGGAUGUCUUGUGAAACAGGUUACCACUUUCCACUGGUUUACUUCCAUAUUGGUUCCACUGGUUUACUUCCAUCUUGGUCUCUGCCAGCUAUGAUGUGACCUGAUGUAUCUGUUCCUCAUUGCAUUUAUCAUUAAAACAAGAACACAAAAGUAUGAUUGCUAAGUUGUGAUUAAAUUUUGAAUCAUUUAGACAAAUUCCCCAUAAAUGAGUUUGCAAAAUACAUAUGCCGAACUGUUUGUGGCAAAAAUGUCAUCUUUAUUCAUUCACUUGAUGAGCUGGCUUCUGGCCAACCUACAUUGCUCAAGGAUUAUAUAAAAAGACUACUGUUGCUGGAGUCUGCAAGUUUAAUACGAUUGCUUGCCUCUAAGUGUGGAACAUACCUUUUAUCAUUGAAUUGCUCAGGAAUGUAAUCAAUUUCAAAUCUGUGUUUCUGUUGAAUGAUGUUUUAAAUGAAGUUUCUUGAUCGCCUUUAUUGUCUGCUCAUAAACCAGUGAACAUGCUGCAUGUCCAUUUUUUAUGAUUCUUCUUGUGUGAAGCACUAAAAUUAGUUGUUAACUCCUUCCCAAAUCCUUGAAUUGCUGAUAGUGUUUCUGAGCUACUAGAUAUUGGCUGUCAUUAGUAUCUGAUAUGAUUCUUAAAUAAGUUAAUGAGGUUGCAGAUUGACUUUAAGAAGAAGAGGUAGUAACUUUGCAGAUGGUAGGCUGGUUUGAGGUUCACAAAAUUAUGCAGAAGAAAGGUGUGGACAUGUGACAAUGUGCUUAUUUAAGUCCUCGGGACAUGCUUAUUUCAGUCGAAGUGACAUUGAAUCAUGCAAGUGCUCCUCCAGGUUCAAGAUCCCGCCUUUCUCCUCUUGCCCAUGAACCUGUUGGCUUUGGCUAUAAUCAGGAUGCAACAGUUGACAUACCACUGGACACAAUAAAUGAUCCCAAGAAAAAAGAGAAGGAGCUAAAAGCAUGGGAAAUAGACUUAAAAAGGAGGGAACAGGAUAUAAAGCGAAGGGAAGAGGCUGUUGCAAGAGCUGGAGUGGUCACAAACGAGAAAAACUGGCCGCCAUUGUUUCCUAUCAUUCAUCAUGACAUCGCAAACGAAAUACCACCUCAUGCUCAGAGGUUGCAAUAUGUGGCCUUUGCGAGUUGGUUAGGUAUAGUUCUCUGCCUUGUAUUCAAUGUUCUUGCAGUGACUAUUAAUUGGAUCAAAGGAGCAGGGGUUAAAAUCUGGUUCCUUGCUGUCAUUUAUGCUUUGCUUGGAUGUCCUCUUUCAUAUGUGUUGUGGUACAGGCCUUUGUACCGUGCCAUGAGGACGGACAGUGCCUUCAAAUUUGGCUGGUUCUUUAUGUUGUACUUGUUUCACAUUGGCUUCUGCAUAUUUGCUGCCAUUGCCCCUCCUCUCUUUUUCAAGGGGAAGUCAUUGACAGGUAUUCUUCCAGCCAUUGAUGUCUUCUCAGACAGUGUCUUUGUGGGGAUUUUCUACUUGGUUGGGUUUGGACUCUUCUGUUGUGAGGCGCUGCUAAGCAUUUGGGUACUUCAGCAAGUAUACACAUACUUCAGAGGAGCCCAUAGGACGUGAGCCCUCCCUGUAAAUGUGGAUCAGAGGUUGUGCUGCUACGCUUCUCUGAUUAUUGCAAUAUGCCACUUCUCGAACACACCCUGCCACUACCCAAACACAUUUCCAUCAUGGGCUCUCGUUUCCUAGUACUGUUGAUAUUUGAUUUAAAUUUGUGAGCUGUUUAGAUGUAAACCGCAGAUUAGUCUUGCUUUUUCUUGCUCUUUCUAGUUGCAGGGUGUAUACGGGUUUUGUGUAUCUAUUGUUUUACUGCCAUGUGCUGCGUUUUGUUACAUUUAAUUGAGAACACAUUGAGCUUGGGUGGCGUAGAGCACUUGGCCCUU